GAGGAUUUUCUCCGACCACCGCGCGGAGUUUUGUGGAAACUGCGGUCCCUAAAAACGGGAUUUUAAUCAUUUUCUUUUACUAAAAUAUCAUUUCUAUUAUAUUUUUAUGCAGCUACCGCUAGUACACAAUGUUCAACAGCAAACGAAUCGGAAAUGUGGCCUUAAAAACGAGAAAGCUCAUUCGUGGAUUACAUCACCGACUUAAACGCGAGAAAACAGCUGCAACACUCGUAUCCAACGGACCUGCUGUCUAAAUGUAGCGAAGAUUUGAGGCAGCUUCCACCUUAUGUGUAUGCUGGUUUCGAUCCAACUGCUGAGAGCCUUCACAUUGGAAAUCUUCUGAUUCUCGUCAAUUUAAUUCGUGCACAGCAGUUUGGAAUACGUCCAAUUGCAUUGAUCGGAGAAUUCACUGCCAGUAUUGGAGAUCCGAGCGGAAAGAAAUCAGAACGGGGUCUUCUGGCCGGCGAUGUAAUUAUGCACAACUCGAGGAAAGUAACAGAUCAGAUCUGCAAGAUUUUUGAGAACGCGCCGGGAUCAAGCGAGAAGCCGAUCAUCGUGAACAAUAAUGAUUGGCUAGGAAAGAUUAGUCUACGAGAUUUCCUGAGAGAAUGCAAGAAUAUGCAAGUCGGAAAGAUGCUUCGAAUGAAUACGAUAAAGAAUCGGCUGGAAGUUGGAUUAUCGUACACUGAAUUCAGCUAUCAAACAAUGCAAGCAUUCGACUGGUACACGUUAUCCGAAAAGUAUGGAUGUCGAUUCCAGCUUGGUGGAUAUGAUCAAUUGGGUCACCUGGACUUUGGAGCUCACUAUAUUAAGAAAAUGAUGAAUCAAGCCUUCGCUGCAGGAGUAUGCUUCCCGAUUCUGACGGAUUCUACUGGUGCCAAGCUCGGAAAGUCUGAAGGAGGAGGUGCGCUGUGGCUUGAUGCGACGAAGACGUCUCCGUUCCAUUUCUAUCAGUUCUUCGCGCAGCUUCACGAUGACAAAGCGGAAGAGCUUCUGUUACUUUUCAGUUUGCAAGAUAUCGAACAUAUAAGAGAUGUUCUGAAGAAUCAUAGGAGCAAUCUUGGACAAUGGAUUGCUCAGAGGGAGUUGGCCGCCGAAAUUACUCGAAUUGUGCACGGAAAAGAAGGUUUAGAAGUGGCGAUGCGGUGUACAAAAGCAAUGUUUGGAGCCAAGAAGGCUGAUUUAUCGGGAUUGUCGAGAAGUGAAGUAUUGCAAUUAUUCAGAACAACAAUUGACUUGAAAAAGGAGAAUGUAGCAACAAUGGGCCAACUCGCGGACGCAUCUCGACUAGGCAGUGGGAAAGGUCAUCUUUUGAUGCAACAAGGAGCAUUUUCAGUGAAUGGAGAGAAGAAAAGAUCUCCAUCGGAAUCAAUAGCAGACGUUUUCCUGGAAAAUGCCUCCGAUCUCACCCUUGUUUGUUGGGGAAAACGAGGUUACCAGCUGGUUCGAUGGGUUUGAAUAGGUUCAGUUUUAGUUGUUAUAAUGAAAAUAAAUAUUCAUUUUUU